UUGGCUAAACUAAACAUUCAAAAUAUGGCAACUCGAAGAGCAAGAUGCACUCAGUGUGGAAGGCCUAUGCUAGUGCCACUACAAGCCUAUACCAUUUCCACUAUGUGUUUUGGGUGCCAAGGCUUAUUAACCCCAGUUCGUCCUAAUUAUCCUUUUGUCAAUAAUGCACCUCCCUUCAUUAACUAUGCUGGCUAUGGUAGACCUCACCAAUUCUAUUAUCCUCAGUCUUGGCCACUGAGGGCACCACCACCACCUCCUCCUUCUGCAUAUGGUAACAAGAGGGCUGUGUUAUUUGGCAUUACUUAUGGCAAUCGGGUUAACAAGAUUAAAGGUUCCGUGAAUGAUGUUCAGUGCAUGAAAUACUUCUUGAUUGAAAAGUUGGGUUUCUCUAGUGAUUCAAUUCGCAUGCUCACAGAUGAUCCAGUGGAGAAAAACCCACUGAGAAUCCCAACAAAACAUAACAUGAGAAUGGCAAUGAGGUGGUUGGUUGAGGGUUGCCAACGAGGGGACUCAUUGGUGUUUCAUUUCUCUGGACAUGGAUCAAGGGAAGCAGACCUUAACAUGGAUGAGCUUGAUGGGUAUGAUGAAGCAAUAUGCCCUGUUGAUUAUGAGCAUGAGGGGAAGAUACUCGACGAUGAAAUCAAUGCUACAAUCAUUAGGCCUCUUCCUCAUGGUGCCAAACUUCAUGCCCUUUUUGAUACAUGCUUUAGUGGGACAGUUCUUGAUUUACCAUUUAUGUGCAGGAUGAACAGAAAAGGUUAUUAUGGAUGGGAGGAUCACAGAAACCCCAGAGCUGGUUACAAAGGCACUGGAGGAGGAUUAGCAGUUUGUAUUUCAGCUUGUGAUGAUGAUGGAAAUGCAGCAGACACAUCGGCCUUUAGUGGCAUGGAAAGUGCUGGCGCCUUGACUUACAGUUUCAUCCAAGCCAUGCAAGAUGAACCUAAAUUGAUCACUUAUGGCCGCUUGCUAAGUGCCAUGCGCUCUACAAUACGUGGGGCUAAAGAAGGAACUUUUGGCCUAAACAAUCAAGAGCUUGCCAUGGAAACUAGGCAGCAGUAUGCUCAUGAGCCACAACUGUCCUCUUCUGAGAAGUUUGAUAUUUAUUCAAAAUCGAUUGCAAUGUGACACAUAACUAGUAGUAGCACUGAAAACGAGGAACAGGUAAGGUUAGUCUUGUUGGCAGAAAAAAAAAAUUAUGUCAAGUUGGUAAGAGAUAAAUUAAGUGUUAUUGGAGAGGGUUUGGCUUCUAACUACUGCUUCAAUGUGCUAGCCAACCACUAGUUGUUCCUCAAUAUAACAAUAAACUCUCAUGUAUCAAGCCCUACAAGUAAUAAAAGU